AUGAUGGGUGCUGUUAAAAUUUGAUUUUGGAAUCGAGGGAUUUCACCCAAUGAACACCGCAUACACUAUAUUACUGAGCGUAUUGUCCCCGCCCUCCCAAUCAUGUGAUUCAGGUGUUCCAAUCACCUCCAUGGUCACAGGUGUAUACAAUCAAGCCCCUAGGCAUGCAGACGGCUUCUACAAACAUUGGUGAAAGAAUGGGUCGCUCUCAGGAGCUCAGUGACUCCAAGCGUGGUCCCGUGAUAGGUGGCCACCUGGGCAAUAAGUCCAUCCGAGACAUUUCCUGGCUACUAAAUAUUCCACGCUCAACUGUUAGUGGGAUUAUAACAAAGUGGAAGCAACUGGGAACAACAGCCACUCAGCCACCAAGUGGUAGGCCACGUCACAUGACAGGGUGGGGUCAGCGCAUGCUGAAGCGCACAGUGCGCAGAAGUCACCAACUGUCUGCAGAGUCAAUAGCUAAAGACCUCCAAACUUGGUGUGGCCUUCAGAUGAGCCCAACAACAGUGUGUAGAGAGCUUCAUGGAAUGGGUUUCCAUGGCCGAGCAGCUGCAUCCAAGCCUUACAUCACCAAGUGCAAUGCAAAGCGUCGGAUGCCGUGGUGUAAAGCACGCCGCCACUGGACUCUA